AUGGAGCGCCGCACAAUGCCCACGAGUCAGGCCGCACUGCAGAUAGAUACAACCAACAAUAAACCCCAGUCAUACCCGUUCGGACAGACUCUUGAUUUUUUGGAGCGCCGCCAGGAGGCUGCGGUUUUGAGUCAAUUGAGGCGGCUAAGUGAAACGCAUCCAUCGUGGGCCGAAAAUCCAAGCCUUGUAGCCGAUCUUCAGCCUGCGUGGGGCAUGGAGCCUCGGAGCGAGUUCCGCGAUUUGUCCAUGGCGCAGAUCGCUGAGGUAAUGGCGGGCGAGCAAAAGUUGCUAGAGUCGAGAAUACAGCGGCGCGUCUCAGAAAGCUGCAAUCUGGAACUGGAUGACCGCUAA